UAGUACUCUAAUCGUCCACACCUCCACAAAACCGUGUUCCCUCUCCAUCUCCACCUCCACCUCCGCCCUCAAACCUAGCGCACGAAGUGACGACACCCCUCCAUUCGAAUCAAUCCGUCCUCUAUCCGCCCUCAAUCCCGCCGCCUCCCCCGCCUACACGCACUCCGCACACCCCCAACCACGCCAGCAUGUCCUCCUCCUCCCUCCCAACCAACGCCACCACCCUCGACCCCUACGUCGUCCUCUCCGUCCCCCUUACCGCCACAGCGGCCGAAAUCCGGAGUGCGUACCGCAAACUCGCUUUGUUGCGACACCCCGACAAAGCCCCGACCAGCUCUCGCGACGCGGCGCACGUGGAAUUCCAAGAGCUCGCGUUUGCGUACAGCAUUCUCAGCGACGCUGGGCGGCGAGCGCGUUACGAUCGCACGGGGUCUACUGACGAGAGUGUCCUCGGCGGUGAUGGGGAUGGGGAGGAGGGGUUCGAUUGGGCGGAGUUUUUUGCCGCGCAGUAUACCGCGGUGAACAAGGAUGCGGUUGAGGAGUACAAGUUGCAGUAUCAAAGCAGUGAGGAGGAGGGGAAGGAUGUGCUGAAGGCGUAUGUGGACGGGAAGGGGGAUCUCGACUUCGUCUUUGAGAAUGUGGUCUGCUCAGAUCCUCUCGUGGAUGAGGAGAGGUUUCGGGGGUAUAUUGAUAAGGCGAUUGGGGCGGGGGAGGUGGAGAGCUAUGUGGCGUAUCGGAAGGAGGGGGAGGCGAAGAGGAAGAGGAGGGUGAGGACUGCGAAGAAGGAGGCGGAGGAGGCGGAGGAGGCGGCGAGGAGGUUGGGGGUGCACGAGGAGUUGUUUGGUGAUAAGAAGGGGAAGGCGAAGGGGAAAGCGGGGAAGAAGGACGGCGAGGAGGAUACUGCGGCGCUUGCGGCCCUCAUCAGAGGCCGUGGCGCGAAUAGGAUGGAUGCUAUGAUCGCCGGAUUGGAGGCGAAGUAUGGCGGCGCGGGGAAGAAGAAGCGGGCUACCAAGCGUGCUGCCGCCAUACCGACGGAAGAGGAGUUUGCAGCUACCCAGGAGAGGGUUACUAGGAAGAGGGCUAGGAAGGCGUAAAUACGAGGUGAUGCCUGGCUACAGCCUACAUAUAUGUGUACUUUUAACUUUAGUCCUGGGGAGUUUUGGUUGCUUUAACAAUGAUACCGCGAAUUGAUGUUGAUGUUUCCGAAUC